CCUAAAAUUUCUUAAUAAACUGCUCAAUUAAAUAAAUAGGCAUAUAGAAAGUUCGAUGCCCUUUAAAAAAAGAAAAAAAACCUUCAUGGUUUGCACGUUCCAAGCUAGUGGUGGCUUAGUGGUCUUCCACACAGUAUUUGAUCAUAAUUUCUUCUCUUCUAUAUAUAUUUAUCAUACUUUCUCCAGGCAGUACUCUUCAUCUUCCAAUAAAUUCAAAUUUGUGGGUGUUUUUUGGGUGAGAGAAAUGGAAAGAACAAGUAUUUUGUUGAUUAUUGCAGCAGCUUCAUUUUUAUUUAUGUUCAAUGGUGUGGCUGAUGCUUUGAAAAAGGAUUCUGAGGUAUUUCAAGUUGGUGGCAAAGUCCUUUGCCAAGACUGCACUGAGGGAUGGAAUGAAUGGGUUACUGGUGCCAAACCUAUCAAAGGUUGCAAGGUAUCUGUAACAUGUCUAGAUGACAGGAGCAGAAUUGUGCAUUAUGCAAGUGACUUAACAGAUGAUGCUGGGAAUUUUGAGAUUUCUGUGACAAAAUACACCAAUGGGGUGAAGGAGCUCAAACCCCAAAAUUGCUUUUUAAGGCUAGUGUCAUCGCCGGAUCCUGUGUGCAACAUUGCCACCGACUCUGCCGGCGGGAAGACCGGCGUGAAGCUCCACCACCCAACCGUUGUGUACCGGGACAUUGUCAAGUAUGUGCUUGGCCCAUUCUACUACUCCACUCCCAUGUGUGAUGAACCUGAUACUAGUAUUAUUGAUUCUGAUGAUGGAAAAGAAAGCAACUACUAAAGUCUCGUCUUUAUUGUACCGAAAAACAGUGGAAUAGUUCGACCAAAAGUCCAUCAGUUGCACGUACACUUCUUGUUUGUUCAAUUUGCACUUCUCUUGUGUUGAUUAAAUGAUACAAUGAAGAAUCUUUAAUUAUUGGAUCAUGUUCACUUCAACAUGUUCUUUAUGUAAUUCUUUGUGGUUUCAGAUGUUAAUUGAAGAUAUUCACAGGUUU